AUGGGUGGGGUUGGCAUGGAGAUUGGACUUUUGGACGAAUCGUAUAUCGAUGAGUAUUUUAUAAAUGGUAGCUACAAUGAUUCCUACAAUGGUUCUCUGCUAUUUCCUGAUCUACCUUACUAUUUAACUUUCAAUGAAGAUUCCGUCAGAGAGGUUGUCCUGUACAGUCUCAUGUUCGUCCUUGCCGCAGCAGGUAAUAUUCCUGUUUUUGUGACUUUACUUCGAAAUCGGCACAGAAAAUCGAGAGUCAACUUGAUGAUUCUUCAUCUGGCUAUAGCAGAUCUCAUCGUGACUUUCGUCAUGAUUCCCUUAGAAAUAGCUUGGCGAAUCACUGUCCAGUGGGUUGCUGGCAACGCUGCUUGCAAAAUCCUCCUGUACAUGAGAGCUUUUGGGCCAUAUCUUUCCUCCACUGUUCUCGUCUGCAUCAGCCUGGACAGAUACUUCGCAAUCUUGUACCCUCUCAAGGUCAACGAUGCUCAAAGGAGAGGUAAAAUCAUGCUUGGACUUGCAUGGGCCAUCAGCAUACUUUGCAGUAUUCCUCAAAGUGUCAUCUUCCAUGUAGAGACUCACCCCGAAUACCCACAAUUCAUUCAAUGCGUGAGCUUCAACUUCUUCCCAACCGUCUACCACAAGAUGGCGUACAACAUUUUUUGCCUACUCGCUGUCUAUGGCGUUCCGCUCUCCGUCAUCAUCUUUUGCUACUCCCGUAUUCUGUGGGAAAUUUCACGACGAUCCAGGGAUACGGAUGUUUCAUUCCUUUUAGCUGACCUGACACAACAGCCUCAGUACAGACGACGUCUGUGCCUCCGAAGAUCAGAUAUAGCCCAGAUGGAGAGAGCUCGUGCCAGGACUCUCCGCAUGACCAUCAUCAUCGUGCUGACAUUCUUCUGGUGCUGGACCCCUUAUGUAGUCAUGGUCCUCUGGUACCUCUUCGAUCCUGAGUCAGCUGACAAAGUCGAUUCGAGAGUACAGUCUUCGUUAUUCAUGUUUGCAGUAUCCAAUUCCUGCGUGAAUCCCCUAGUCUAUGGAAGCUAUGUCUUAAAUUUUAAAGAUGUUUUUGCCAAAUGCUGCUGCAAAAGACCAACUGGAAUCAAUGCUUCUAUGAGCCACACUCAGAUUACCACCCCUGCCAAAAAGGUGCAUUUUGAAGGUAUUCAGCGAGAUGUUUCUAUUCACUUGAAUAUGAAUGGAACAGGCACCUACCCUGUGCUCAUAGAUGACGUAGAUAUUAAAGAUCAGUCGUUCCCGAAGUUUGACAUCAGGCCGUUUCGCUACAGCAGUAGUUUAAACAAGCUGUAUUCAAAAGAGUAUUACGGAACAAAUUCGUCUCAGAAAGUGGAAGUAAUAAUCCACAGCUUGGAUCAUUGAGUCAUUCAAAAGCAUGGACACAGAAUCAUAGUGCAACAUAUCCUUGUCUCAUUUUCCCAGACAUUUACUUAAAAUCAGAAAAAAUAUUCAAAUCUAAAAU